CAGGAUAAUCCUCUGGCUGGGAGAGGAGCUGUCAGUGCCCUCCCCUUCCCCUAAUGUGUUGUGUUCCCUCUGGGGCUUGGAGAAGAGAGAGGGCAGAGGUGGGGGAGGGCUGGCUUGGAAGUGGGGUUGGCAUAUAUUCCCGAGAAUACGGUAGAUUGUUUUGGAAAAAUCCUCUUGGCCGGAAAUUACAUGUCACGUCUGCUCCUCAGGGUGGAUUUGUCACUUCACUAAUGCUGUUUGAGAAGCUGGGGGAGGGGAGUGGACAGCAGAGGCAGGCUGGUACCUGGCUACUCCCGGCGAGAGAUAAAGGGGCAAGUUAUAGACCAGAGAGGUGUGUGUGUGGGCUGCAUUCCCCAAACCCUAGAGACAGUUUGGACCCUGUGGCUAUCUUGUAAUAGGGUGGCACUAGGAGGCAGGGGACUUAUGAGGGAGGACAUAGAGAGAAAGCAGGAAGGAGGAAUUGUUUGGAUCAGACCCUUCACCCGACGACAGGACGGAAUGGGCCUGGCAUUUUCAGCCUCUUUCUCUAUAGCCUCCUGACUUUGGGUUCUUGCAGCUGCUUCCAAAACUAGUUUCUGCCAUAGCUGCAGUAAGAUGCAGAGGAGCUUCUGCCUAGAAUAGACCUGCUGCCUGUCAGGGUCACCUCCCAUCCCAGCAUGUUUCAGGGUGCAAAAGGAGCUUGUAAAGUGAGUGAGCCUUAUGGGAACCCAUGUAAUACCCUCCUGGGGUUUCUUUCUUCCUUCUAGAGAGAGAGAGAGAGAGAGAGAGAGAGAGAGAGAGAGAGAGAGAGAGAGAGAGAGAGAGAAGGAAACUGACUUAGCAUUUCCUCCCUCCUCUGCCCCAACCCCGGAAGGGGUAAAGGUGCCCUGAGCUCAGCGUGAAUACCUAGUACUGUGGAGUCAGUGGAUGCUUCAGAUACCUGCGAAAUGAGACUGUGCGCCGGGGGCCCUGCAGGCCCUCCGGAGCUGGAGAAAGAGAGGCGGAACCUCUGCAGUGGGACUUCCUCCGCUAGCAAUGGCCUCACCUGAGUGAUGGUGAAAGAGUUCUGCGUGGGUUGGUGUUGGAGCAGCUCCUUCAGCAGGGAGUGUGGUCACUGAAAGCACUCUUCCGAGGCCAGUAAGAGGCUGGGGAGCAGCAGCAUGCAGCCGGAGGAGGGCACAGGCUGGCUGCUGGAGCUGCUGUCCGAGGUGCAGCUGCAACAGUACUUCCUGCGGCUCCGCGACGACCUCAAUGUUACCCGCCUGUCCCACUUUGAGUAUGUCAAGAAUGAGGACCUGGAGAAGAUUGGCAUGGGUCGGCCUGGCCAGCGUCGGCUGUGGGAGGCUGUGAAGAGGAGAAAGGCCCUGUACAAGCGCAAGUCCUGGAUGAGCAAGGUAUUCAGUGGAAAGCGGCUGGAGGCUGAGUUCCCUCCUCAUCACUCUCAGAGCACCUUCCGGAAGACCUCGCCCACCCCAGGGGGCCCAGCAGGGGAGGGGCCCCUGCAGAGCCUCACCUGCCUCAUUGGGGAGAAGGACCUGCGUCUCUUUGAGAAGCUCGGAGAUGGCUCCUUUGGUGUGGUGCGCAGGGGCGAGUGGGAUGCCCCCUCAGGGAAGACGGUGAGUGUGGCUGUAAAGUGCCUGAAGCCUGACGUGCUGAGCCAGCCAGAGGCCAUGGACGACUUCAUCCGAGAGGUCAACGCCAUGCACUCGCUUGACCACCGAAACCUCAUUCGCCUCUACGGUGUGGUGCUCACACCACCCAUGAAGAUGGUGACAGAGCUGGCGCCUCUGGGAUCGUUGUUGGACAGGCUUCGCAAGCACCAGGGCCACUUCCUUCUGGGUACUCUGAGCCGCUAUGCUGUGCAGGUGGCUGAGGGCAUGGGCUACCUGGAGUCCAAGCGCUUUAUUCACCGUGACCUGGCUGCCCGCAAUUUGCUGUUGGCCACUCGAGACCUGGUCAAGAUCGGGGACUUUGGGCUGAUGCGAGCACUGCCCCAGAACGACGACCACUAUGUCAUGCAGGAGCAUCGCAAGGUGCCCUUUGCCUGGUGUGCCCCUGAGAGCCUGAAGACACGCACCUUCUCCCAUGCCAGCGACACCUGGAUGUUUGGGGUAACGUUGUGGGAGAUGUUCACCUAUGGCCAGGAGCCCUGGAUUGGCCUUAAUGGCAGUCAGAUCCUGCAUAAGAUUGAUAAGGAGGGGGAGCGUCUGCCCCGGCCCGAGGACUGCCCCCAGGACAUCUACAAUGUCAUGGUCCAGUGCUGGGCUCACAAGCCAGAGGACAGACCCACCUUUGUGGCUCUGCGGGACUUCCUGCUGGAGGCCCAGCCCACUGACAUGCGGGCCCUUCAGGACUUUGAGGAACCAGACAAACUGCACAUCCAGAUGAACGAUGUCAUCACCGUCAUCGAGGGGAGGGCUGAAAAUUACUGGUGGCGUGGGCAGAAUACUCGGACGCUGUGUGUGGGGCCCUUCCCUCGCAAUGUGGUGACCUCCGUGGCUGGCCUGUCGGCCCAGGACAUCAGCCAGCCCCUGCAGAAUAGCUUCAUCCACACGGGGCAUGGCGACAGCGACCCCCGCCACUGCUGGGGCUUCCCCGACAAGAUCGAUGAACUGUAUCUGGGAAACCCUAUGGACCCUCCCGACCUGCUGAGCGUGGAACUGAGCACCUCCCGCCCCACCCAGCAUCUGGGAAGGGUGAAAAGGGAGCCUCCACCUCGCCCACCUCAGCCUGCCAUCUUCACUCAGAAACCAACCUAUGACCCCGUGAGCGAGGACCAAGACCCCCUGUCCAGUGAGUUCAAGAGGCUGGUCCUAAGGAAGCCAGGCCUGCCCCGUGGGCUGUGGCUGGCAAAGCCCUCGGCCCGGGUGCCGGGCACCAAGGCAGGCCGCGGUGGCAACGGCGAGGUCACACUCAUUGACUUCGGCGAGGAGCCCGUGGUCCCGUCCCCACGGCCCUGUGCACCCUCACUGGCGCAGCUGGCCAUGGAUGCCUGCUCCCUGUUGGACAAGACCCCGCCGCAGAGCCCCACUCGGGCACUGCCCCGGCCCCUGCACCCCACGCCUGUGGUGGACUGGGAUGCCCGCCCGCUGCCCCCGCCGCCCGCCUACGACGAAGUGGCCCAAGAUGAGGACGACUUUGAGGUCUGCUCCAUCAACAGCACCCUGGUGGGCGCAGGAGUCUCUCCCGGGUCCACCCAGAGUGAGACCGAUUACUCCUUUGGGCCUGAGCAGACACGGUUCCUCCCUCCUUUGGAGGAUAACCUGUUCCUCCCACCCCAGGGUGGGAGCAAGCCACCCACCUCAGCCCAGACCGAAGAGAUCUUCCAGGCGCUGCAGCAGGAGUGCAUGCGGCACCUGCAGGUCCCUGCUCGCUCGCUGGGCCCCUCACCCAGCCUGCUGAGCGACGACAAGCCCCAGGUGCCCCCACGGGUGCCCAUCCCUCCGAGGCCCACGCGCCCACGUGGCGAGCUGUCUCCAGCCCCCUCAGGCGAGGAGGAGACAGGGCGGUGGCUUGGACCUGCCUCCCCUCCCCUGGUGCCUCCCCGGGAGCCUCUGUCCCCUCAAAGCUCAAGGACCCCCAGUCCCCUGGUGCCACGUGGCAGCUCCCCACUGCCACCCUGGCUCUCAAGCUCACCUGGGAAGACCAUGCCCACCACCCAGAGCUUCGCCUCAGACCCCAAGUACGCCACACCCCAGGUGAUCCAGGCCCCUGGCCCACGAGCUGGUCCCUGCAUCCUGCCCAUUGUCCGAGAUGGCAAGAAGGUCAGCAGCACCCACUACUACCUGCUGCCCGAGCGCCCACCCUACCUGGAGCGCUACCAGCGCUUCCUGCGUGAGGCCCAGAGCCCUGAAGAGCCGGCCCCCCUGCCUGUGCCCCUGCUGCCCCCACCCAGCACCCCAGCCCCUGCUGCCCCCACUGCCACCGUUCGUCCCAUGCCUCAGGCUGUCCCAGACCCCAAGGCCAACUUCUCCACCAACAACAGCAACCCAGGGGCCCGGCCACCAGCCUUGAGGGCCACUGCUCAACUGUCACAGAGGGGCUGCCCUGGGGACGGGCCAGAGGCUGGACGGCCAGCAGAUAAGAUCCAGAUGCUGCAGGCCAUGGUGCAUGGGGUGACCACAGAGGAGUGCCAGGCGGCCCUGCAGAGCCACAGCUGGAGCGUGCAGAGGGCUGCCCAGUAUCUGAAGGUGGAGCAGCUUUUUGGGUUGGGUCUGCGGCCACGAGGCGAAUGCCACAAAGUGCUGGAGAUGUUCGACUGGAACCUGGAGCAGGCCGGCUGCCACCUUCUGGGCUCCUGUGGCUCUGCUCACCACAAGCGCUGAGAUGUCUGGAGAGCCAGAGGGUCUGCCCUGAAGGAAUAACUUGAGCCUGUUCAUCUGACAAAGGUGGGGAUGCCCAUCUCAGGCCUGGAGGACCUGCUGCCACCCGCUGCUCCCAGUGGCAGAGGGGGAGCCAAGGCAGCAGGAGGCUGGGAGCCCCGCCUUGCCUUCCUCCCUCACCCGGCGCCAUCCCUACAACUUCGGUCCAGCCCUCGGUGCACCCCGCCUAGGUGCAGGAAGGAGCCCUGUGAAGGCAGGCCUGGGGGUGGCCUCAUCAGGCCCUGCAGCUGACCUGUCUGGGGCUCCACCCCAGUGGGACCUGUGGCUGGAGUAUAUCCCCAAGCCCUGCCCACGGGGAAGCCAGGCUUGACCCCAGGCUGGAAGGUUGUGUUGGCCACAUGGAAAGGUGGACCAGCACAGGACUGAGCCCUUCUCCAGGAAGCCCCUGGUGGGCAGUUGGGGUGUCGGACAGAAUGUGACUUGUGGCCUUGCCAUGGACAUGUUAUGGGACUUGGCUGGUCUUAGGAUCUUGUGCCUGGAAAUAGCCUGAGGUGGUUCAGGAAGCAGAGCAAAUAUGCCAGAUAAUUCUCUGGCAGGGACCAGGGCCCAAGGCCCCAGGGUUGGAAGGAGACCAAGGGGGCAGCUGCCCUCGAGGGACACCAGUGCUUCCUCUGUGACCCAACUCUUUCCCUGUGCUGUUCCGUGUUUUCCCACCAGCCUCUGUUGCCAAAGUUGCUGCCCCAGUUAUGGAUUCCUGCUUCUUCCAGAGAAAUAAAAUUAGUUUCUAUUUUAUGUUA